AUGCUGCCCUACUGGCACAACAACGUCUCUCCCGUCUUCGACUCCGUCUCGUCCAUCUUCGACUCCGUCCCCUCCAUCUUCGACUCCAUCUCCAACUCCAUCUCCUCCAACUUCAAUUACUCCAACUUCAGCUACAUCUCCACCAAACUCAACUCCGUCUCCGUAUAUGGGCUUGCUUAG